AUGUUAAUUGACAGUUCACAGCCGCAAAGACCUCCAAGGCAAUCCAGGCCGCGGAAUGUUCCCACAACACGCGCACAUCCAGUACGUACCUUCUCCGCCCUCUGUUCCUACAAUAACAAGCAUGCACCCUCUAAUACCAAAGCAGAAACACAAACCUUUGCCGUCUUCGUCACGGACCACCAGUACGACUCCUCCCAUGGAGCUCCCUACGGAACCUGCAAGGCGUACACCUGCACCGCGCCCACUGACUCGCAAAUGACCGAUGUCAACGAGGAUUGCUGGACGUUCUUCUGGAAUGACAAUGGAGAGUCGUCUGGCGUCGGCACCGGUUGCAUCAAGAGUCCUGAUGACGGGACCUGCGGCUGCGAGAACUCGGACGGGACUUUUGUUUACGGUGGGACCAAUUGCUCUUAG